CUGCUCUCAUGUGCGUGUGUGCACGUCCUCGCUGAAGAAGUGCCUGCCGCCGAUCUUUCCGACCAAGUCCCUGAUACGGAGAGUGAGACAAAGAUCCUUCUCCAAGGUACUCCUGUCGCCCAACAAACUGAGGACAGUUGUCCUGAAGGUCCUGGACGUUCUGAAAAAGGUAAAUCUUGUUCUAAGGCUGCUGCUGCUGCUGCUGCUGCUGUGGAACUUGGUCGUGAUGGUGGUCGUGGUACUGGUGAUAAUUGCCCUGAUGGUACUGUACGUUCUGUUGACGGUGGACCUUGUGCUCCUGAUACUUCUCUUGGGGUUCCUGCACCUGCCGCUCCUCCUUCAACUCCUGCCGCUCCUAAACCUCUUGGUGCUGCUGAACCUUUGUCGCCAGGUACUUCUGGAAAACAUGGUGCAAAGGCGACAGAAGAGAGUGAAACUGUGACUGAAAAGAAUACGGAUACUCAGACACCGGCACAUGAUGGAGGUUCUCCAAACAUGGACAAUCCUCAAACUGAAGGUGAACAGAACAAUGCGGGAACAGAAGGACCACAGGGAAAUCAAAAUGGAUCACAACCCAAUUUAUCUACUGGACCCAGUACAAGUAAUACAGACACUCCAGAAAACAGCGAGAGACAAGAACAGACACCCGACACAAAUGAUUCUCAACCAAACAAUGAUACAGGUGAUACCAAUAACUCAGAAACCAUAAACUCUGACAAUACCAAUGCAACCAGUAAUGAUGAGGAAUCAACCACCACCACCACCACAACAACAACACUUCCUCCUGAACUCACAAACAACAAGAAGGGUGAUGCAGACAGCAGCAGUAUGAGUUCUGUGUGGGUACGUGUACCACUACUGAUUGUGGUUACACUGGCCAAUAUUCUUGUGUGCUGA